GAUAUCAACUCUAAUAAUUGAUUAAAUGAUUUCAAUUAACUAUUAUGACUCUAAGCCGAGUCUAUUAUUGAGAUCAACAACAAUACUAUCGACAAAACAGAUGAAAUCAUUUGCAUUGGGAAUCAUACUGUUUGCUGGACUGACCUACAUGUUUGUCAUCAAUAUCUAUAUGACCACAAAUGAGAUGAUUGAAGCGACAAAACCCAUGAAGAAUGCUUAUCACAUACAAAGAAUAAAUUUGACGACAAAUCCAUACGAUAUCUCCAGUCUAAUGAAGGAUGACUUUAAGACACUUAUCGAUAUAAAAGACUUUAAAUUUCUAAUGAAUACUAAUCGAUGUUCUCUUGAAUUUCCUGAACUCAAUAAUAACGGAAAACUCGGUUCAGAUGAUGAAAUAUUUUUGGUUAUCUUUGUCCACUCGGCUCCCAAUCAUUUCGAUAAGCGUGAAGUCAUCCGUAAAACUUGGGGUAAUGAAGCAAACCUUAAGACCAUACGAAUGAGACUUGUAUUCCUCGUCGGUAUGGUUACCGAUAAUUCCGUCCAAAAGAAUCUAAUCAAAGAAUACGAACAAUACUCAGAUAUAGUUCAGGGAAACUUCAUCGAUAGCUACCGGAACUUGACGUACAAACACGUAAUGGGCCUUAAAUGGGUUGUCUAUCUCUGCCGGAAUGCCAAAUAUGUCUUCAAAACAGAUGAUGAUAUUUUUGUCGACAUCUUUCAAUUGAUCUAUUAUUUGAAGGGCACGUUUGGUAACUCAUAUCCGCCAAAGAAUCUGAUUAAUUGUUAUGUUAUUAACAAUCCGUAUCCAAAGCGAAGCCAAAGAAGCAAAUGGAGAGUCACUUUUAAGGAAUAUCCAGAAAAGUAUUAUCCGCCGUAUUGUUCCGGUUGGGGUAUCCUUAUGUCACCCGAUGUUGUGUUCAAACUGUACAUAUCUUCGCGACAAUUUUCCUACUUCUGGGUCGACGACGUCCAUAUAUCGGGAGUUUUAGCCCGACAUAUAGGCGUUACCCACACCGAUAUGUCAACCAAGUUGGCUAUCGGUGAUCGUGAAAUUGAACAGUGGCUGUCCAGCGAUAAGCUGUCAAUACCACCGCUGUUUGGACACCCGGACAGUGAUACACAAACUAUAUAUUCCCUGUGGAAUAAAACAAUUAAAUACUAUAGAUUUAGGUAUAAAUAUGUAAAUUAA